AUUUUCUUAGAAAUAAAAAAUGAUAAUUUUAAAAGUUAAAUAUGGAUAGCUGUGUGUUUUUUUUUUAAAUCAGAACAAAUAUAUCAAUGAUCAGAGCAAGCCUACACUAAAAACUUGCGACAGUUUAGCAAGUUAUUUUCCAUAGGAUACUUUUCCAACCUAGUUUGGCCACGGCUUUGUGGCAGCUAGCUAGCUAAAAGAAAAACGGCGGUCAAUUUAGAGUACCAACUAUAUGAUGAUGACAGGACAAAUAACACGGUCGUAAAUCCUGUAAUUAUAUCACAUUGUUUAAUGGGACAAAGCAAUGAUUGGGCAGGUAUCGCAAAAUCAUUACUUGAAGAUCUUGAGCCACCUCGAAAAAUAUAUGUAGUUGAUAAUAGAAAUCAUGGUAAUAGUCCUCAUACUCCAGGCCAUAGUUAUGAACUAAUGGCCGAAGAUUAUAUGCAACUGUUAAAAAAUUUAGGAUUGAAAGAAGCGGUUUUUUUAGGACAUUCAAUGGGUGGUCGAGCUUCUAUGUAUGCUGCUUUAAAAUACCCCGAUCAAGUAUCAAGUGUGAUUAUAAUUGAUAUUUCGCCAAUUGAAGGAGCUGAUGACAUGAAAAAAAUUUUGGCUGAACCAUUGCAACUCCUUCAAAAAUUAGCAAAAUUUGAUUUAAAAAAACAAACUGGAAAUAUACUUGAAGUACGAAAAUAUGUGGAUAACGAACUAAAAAAAAUUGCAGUCAAUGCUCCAGAUUACAGAGAAUUUUUAUUACAAAAUAUUAAUCGUAACACCGAUGGAAGCUAUAAUUGGAAAAUAAAUAUUCCUGCAUUACUAGAAAAUUAUAAUUCUUUUAAAAGCCUACACGUUGGAAACUUAACUUACGAUAAACCAAUGUUAUUAAUUGCAGGUGAAAAAUCAAAAUUUGUACCAAAAUCCCAUGCAGAAGAUAUUAAAAAGAUUUUUACGAAUGCAAGACUAGAAUUUCUACCAACUGCAGGUCACAUGAUUCACAUCGAAGAUCCUCGAUCUUUGUGUGAAUUAGUCGUAAAUUUUCUUAAAUAUGAAAAAUAAGAAGCGUUUGAAACUGAAAAGGUGUGAUAUUUCUCCAAACUGUGCAUAUAAAAUCUAAUUAUUAAUACUUUUUUGUGGAGCAAUCAUUUGCAAAUAAAAUUGGUACCAAAUUUUGCGUCCUAAUCGGUUCAACAUAACUUUUCGCACUGUGAUUUUAAACAUUAAUAAACAAGCUACUUUCAAGUACAUACACAUGGAACUGAUUAUUAUAAAGAAAAUUUUUUAAUUGAAAUCAGACUCAGCAUAUUGUAUUAUUCGAGCCAAUGGUUUCAUAAUAAUAAUAAUGAGGGUUUAACCUCCGUUUUUAUGACAUACGCCUUAUCACAGAGGCC